AUGUUUCAGCUAUACCUGUCUAUAUAUCAGUUGAAACGCAAAGGCGGUGGAGAGAAGAGGCGAAGAAGGCGUCUGCCAGCUGCCCUCCAGGGUCUGAUGGGAGAAGCCAACUUGCGUUAUGCUCGGCAGGAGUAUGAUGAAGCCAUAAAAAUGUGCAUGGAGGUCAUUCGCCAGUUUUCUCAUUCUCCAGAGCCAUACCAAACACUAGGCAUGAUCUAUGAGGAGAAGAAGAUGGCAAACAAGAGUCUGCAGUUCCUUCUAAUUGCCGCUUUCCUUAGCCCGGAUGCUGAGGAGUGGGAGAAAUUGGCUGAUUUAUCACUGCACCAGGUUUGUGAUACCAGUUUGCAGAAAAAUGCUUUUGUCUGUCUUAUGUGGGUGACUUCAGCAAGCAGUUUUCUGUUGGGCCGAGCCAUAAAAGCAAACCCCCAGAACCUUGACUACCAUUGGGCUCGCUGCGACCUCUUGGAGCGCCUGGGAGAAAAACUGAAAGCACUAAAGGGCUAUUCCCACAUGCUGAAGUACUUGAGAACUGACCAGGGCAAGGAUGGAUUAAAGCUAGCAAAAGAGAUUGCAAAGAUACACUAUGAAAACAAAGAUGUCCACUUAGCCCGAGAUGCUAUGGAAACUGCCUUUAGGAAAUACCCAUCCUAUGUUACCCCAGAGGAUGUGAACUUAAUGCUUGAAGUAUUAAUGCACCAACAGGAGUAUACAAAGUGUAUAGAGAUUCUUAUUAAUCAUGCUGGGGUUCAGCUUUUGAAUAAGAAUGUUGGUGAAGAGGAAUUCCACAGUCGCAGUUUAGAGGAACAGUUAUCACAGGCAACUGAAUGUUAUGUUCCUGCAGACUUAUUGAUUGAUCUUCACACAAAGUUGACUGUGUCCCUGAUUCAUGUGAAAGCAUUUGAAAUCAGUGCACCACUGGUUGAGCAGUUGAUGAAUGAAUCGGUGGAGGAAUUCGGUGACCUGUACUUAGAUAUAGCUGAAGCCUACAUGGAUGUUGAUUUCCAUGAAGCUGCCCUUCAGUUGUUGCGUCCACUCAUCAACUCAGAUCACUAUAAUGUUGCUGCUGUUUGGCUCCAGUAUGGGGAGAGUUUGGCAGCUGUCGACCAGAUGGAAGAAGCUGCUGAGGCAUACAAUAAGGUGGUGAGACUGGCACCGCAGCAUGCUGAAGCCCGUCUGACUCUCUCAUCCAUCCUGCAGUCGCUUGGCCGCCUGGAUGAAGCUCUCCUCAUUCUGAACCAAGAGAGUGACUUUGAGCCUUUAGACUCACAGCUCCUCUUCCAGCGAUGCAAGAUCCUGCUGGAUCAGAACCUUGUUGAUGAAUUUAUUAAUGCUGCUAAGUUGCUGUUCAGGAGGCAUUUUAUUCACAUUAGAAAUCGAGAUGAGGCUGAAGCCAUGAUCAGCAACAAGAAGCUGAGCAACAAAUAUGAAGCCAUCCGAGAACUCCGGCGUUCCAAAAAUGAGAGUCUGGAAGACAAUGGACCAGCUUACACAGGGCCAGAUGUGUCUAUAGAAGAUCAGUGGGAACUCUUUACCAGUGUGUGUAAUAUCCUUCAUGAAAAGAAGAGGUUUGAAGAACUAGAAAGAAUGACUUUCACAGCCCUUGGGUCUAAAGAAUUCAUGAAGGACAAGGAACGUGCAAGAGAGGUCGAGUUCAUGUGUCUCUUAGCCUGUAUCUACAAUGAAAGCUCCUACUUUGCCUACAACAUUAUGAGGGAGCUUGUGAUCAAGAAUCCUGAGAAUGAGAGAUGCUGGAACCUACUCAACCUCAUCAUCUCCAAAGCGGACGACUUUCGCCACAACCGUUUCCUGCUACGCCUGACCCAUAAACACCCAGACCUAGUAGCCCUCGGAUUGCUUAACGGCCACAACUGUUUGGUGGCUGGUACCUACAAAUAUUCCCUAGCAGAGUACACGGGUGCCUUCAAGCAAGACCCAAGCAAUCCCCUCAUUCCACUCAUGCUUGGACUAACCUUCACCCACAUGGCCUGCCAGAAAUUCAGUGGGAAGAAGCACUCACUGGUUGUGCAGGCCUGUGCAUUCUUAAAUACGUAUGUUGAGAUGCGCGGAGAGUGUCAGGAAUCGAUGUACAACUUGGGACGAGCCAUGCACCAGCUGAAUCUUCUCCCACAGGCUAUCCACUACUACAAACAAGCCCUUAAUUGCCAGCCUGUUGAAUUUGGAAGGAGGCCCUAUGUUAGACUCUCAAGGGAAAUUGCAUUCAAUCUUGCAUUGAUAUAUCAGAACAGUGGCUCUCCAGAUUUGGCAAGAAUGUAUAUGUAUAAGUACAUACAAAUUUAGUUUAGGAAAAGAGUGCACAUAUGUUGCAAUAAACAUAUUCAUUCCUCUUUUUGGGAGAAGGAAAUUUAGAAUUCUUGGGACCAAUAAGGCAAAACAGUCAGCUGGGGAUUAGGAUAUAUGUAGAAAAUGACUCAUGGUCUCAUAUUUGAAUAGGUUGUAUAUGUCAUCACAGGGAAACUUAGAUUUCAGUAUAUAGAGAGAAAUUGAUAAUUUUAGCCAAAGAUAUUUAUUAAUUAUCAAGAGAAAAAUGUGUGUAAUUAAUAAUGAAUAUUUAUUUUACAAUUAAGUUGUAUAUAUAUAGAAGACUAUCUGGAUUAAUGUUGCUCCUAGGAGAGAGUGAGUGUGAGUGUGAGUGUGAGUGUGAGUGUGAGUGUGAGUGUGAGUGUGAGUGUGAGUGUGAGUGUGAGUGUGAGUGUGAGUGUGAGUGUGAGUGUGAGUGUGAGUGUGA